GAGGAUUUUCGUCUUUCAGACCAUGAACAGCCACAACUAAAAAAGAACGACGAGAGAGAGAGAGAGAGAGAGAGAGAGAGAGAAACAGAAACAGAAGAAUACGAAAAUAUAUAUAUAGAGAGAGAGAGAUCACAGCGGAUUCGUCUCCCAGCUCUUCUUCUCCACUCUGCUCAUCGAUCCGUGUGCUCGUCACGUGACGUCCCUCCCCUCACGUCGUCGAUCUAUCCAAUUCUCGGUUUCGCGUGGGGCGAAGAUUGCGAGGGCUGAAGUCAAUUGCAGUAUGAGCAUCGACAGCCCCGGCCAAGGGGACGAUAAUUAGGGUUUUUUUUUUUAAUUAAUUCCUCGUUGGUGGUUUUUUGAGGAAGUGAAUUCCAGACUUCCAUGGGCGAUGGCGGCGUUGCAUGCGUGCCUUCACAGCAUGUCAUGGAGCGGUUUUCGAUUUCCGAGACUUUCUGCGGGGUCAACAACAAUGGGAGCAACAAGUUCAAUUCAAAGUCGCUCAAAGUUACAGAGAGAAAGAUGAAGAUGAAGGUCAAGAGACAGGUGGUUUCCAAGAAGAAGAGAGAGAGCAGCAGCAGUAAGGCUGAAUUGGGUAAUACUAAUAAGAGCAAUGAUAGAGAAGGUUUGAGCAACACUGAAUUCAAGGAGGAGAUAGAGGAAGGUGAAUUGGGUUCAUUGAAGUUGUCAAGAAUUGAGGUGGAGAAUGGAGAGUUUGUGCCAGAGAAGCCGCGGAAGCUCGAACUGAAGAGCGCGAUUGAGAAGGUGGGAUCUCCGGUUGAGAGAUGGGGGGAAAGGGAACAGCAACUGGAAAGGGGGGAGUUUGUCCCGGGAGGAAAGUGGAGGAAAGACGGGAAAGGGGAAUUCGGCUCGAGGAGGUCUCGGAUCGAUAAUGCGAUAGAGAAGAAAGCAGAAUUCGGGUCGUGGAGGGGAGGUUCUAAAGCUGAGGUGGUGGACAAAGGAGAGUUCACCUUCACCCAAGAAAGGUGGCGUGGUAGCGAAAAGGAUGAGUAUAGGUACCCGAAAUUGCGGGAUAAUGUAGUUAGUAAGGACAAGGGAUGGAAAUUUGAUCGAGAGUGGACACCUCCCGGUAAAUAUGGAGUUGAGAAAGAGUUCGGUAGAAAUGCGGGUAGUCAGUAUUUCAAAAGGCCAUCGUCCAGGUGGGAAGCUGGCCAAGACAGAAAUCCGAGGUUGUUUGCGAAAAGUCUCGAUGAGGAAGUCUCCUUCAGUAAGACCGAAUAUAGUAAUGGGAAGAAUCAUGGGAGAGAAUUCUCAUCUGGGAACAGGUUGAAGAGGCACGGUAAUGAUUUGGAUGGCAGUGAUCGUAAGCACUAUGGAGGAGGAGAAUAUGGUGAGUAUACAAGCUCGAAGAGCCGGAGGAUUUCUGAUGAUGGCAAUCGUUCCGCAUAUUCAGAGCACUACUCGCGCCGGUCUGUGGAGAGGUCAUACAGGAAUUCCUCUUCCACGAGGAAUAUAUCCUCCGACAGGUACUCUUCUAGACAAUAUGAAUCUUCUUUGCCAUCCAGGAUAGCAUAUGAAAAGCAUGGGAGUAGCCCACGUCAUACUGAGCGGUCCCCACGUGACCGGGCCCGCCACUCUGAUCAUGGAGACCGUAGUCCUGUCCGCCGUGAGAGGUCCCCAUAUGAUCGGAGUCGUCACUAUGAAAGGAACCGUAGUCCUAGCUACUCAGAACGGUCCCCAUAUGAUCGGAGUCGCCACUAUGAUCAUAGGAACCGUAGUCCAAGCUACUCGUCCCCACGUGAUCGAGGAGGUCGAUAUCAUGAUCCUUCGGAUGAGAUUCGUAACUCCUUGGAACGUUCCCCACUUGAAAAGAAUAGGCCCAAUAAUAAUCGGGAAACUAAACAGAAAACUGGAGGUAGUGAAAAGAAAUCUAGUCAGCCUGGAAAUAAAGGGCAAGAAGAGAAGCCUGAUCAGAAAGAUCCUCAAAGGAGAGUUGUAUCUGCUAAAGUGACCAAUGAUAGAAGCUACUUGCAUGAUACUAGUGGAUCUGUUGAGGAUAAUGCUGACCAUCAGUCUCAGGGGGAAGAGAAGUCUCAAUUUCAAGGAGUGCAUAGCAAGGAUUCCCCUCAGGCUAACGGUGCCACUGACGAUCUUCCUUCAAUGGAAGAGGAUAUGGAUAUAUGCGACACACCACCACAUGUGCCAAUUGUGGUGGAUUCGAGGACAGGGAAAUGGUACUAUCUAGAUCAUUCUGGCUUGGAAUGCGGGCCUUCCAGUUUGUGUGACCUGAAGGCACUUGUGGAGGAAGGCUUUCUCGUGUCUGAUCACUUGAUUAAGCACUUGGACAGCGACAGGUGGGUUACUGUUGAAAAUGCAGUUUCCCCAUUAUUGACUCCAACAUUCCCUUCUAUUGUAUCAGAAAGUAUUACACAGCUGGUGAGCCCUCCUGAGGCUCCUGGUAACCUGUUAGUAGAUCUUGGAGAUACUAUUCAGGGUGCUAAUCAGCUAGUUGAGGGGACUUUAUCCACUUAUCAGGAGCCAAAAUUUUGCCCUGAUGCGGAUAUUACUGUAUCUGAUCCUUUGGAAGAUCAUCACAUCGAUAAACGAGUUGGAGCUUUGUUAGAGGGUUAUCAUAUUAUUCCUGGCCAGGAGCUCGAGACAAUUGGGGAAGUGCUGCAAAUGAAUUUUGAGCCUAGAGAGUGUCAGGAAUGGGAAUAUUCUGCAGGCUUGAGUAGUCAAUCUGGGGAACAGCAUGAUCAGAACAAGGGCGCUGAUUUUGCAAUAAAGGAAGCUACAGAAAAGUCAACUGUUUUGUCUGAUACGGAUAGUGCCUUUGCCUGCUGGGACCCUAUUGACUGGUUCUCUGGACGAUGGUCAUGCAAGGGUGGCGAUUGGAGGAGGCUUGAUGAUGCCACCCAAGAUCGAUCCUUGAAAAAGAAGUUUGUUCUUAACGAUGGUUACCCGCUUUGCCAGAUGCCAAAAUCUGGUUAUGAAGAUCCUCGAGUGCUUCAAAAAGACGAAUUGUACUAUCCCUCUAGAAACAGAAGGCUUGACCUCCCCCCUUGGGCCUUUUCCUUGCCGGAUGAGUUGAAUGAUUGUACCAGUGUUGGCAGAUUGAGUCAAUCGAAACCUCCCAUCGCAAGAGGCGUAAAAGGAACUAUGCUUUCUGUUGUCAGGAUAAAUGCAUGUGUUGUCAAGGACCAUGGUUCUUUUGUAUCUGAGCCCCGUGUGAAGGUGAGAGGGAAGGACCAAUACUCUUCGAGGUCUGGUCGCUAUCACUCUGGAACUGGUGACGCGAAGAGGUCAUCGGAAGAAAGGGGGUUUCAGUCUCAAAAUAUUCACGAACGAGGAUCAGGGGGCUCCUCCAAGAGUGUUACUUCCAUUAAUAUACCCCGAGAUCGUGUGUGCACAGUAAACGACUUACAGUUACAUUUAGGUGGGUGGUACUACCUUGAUGGUGCUGGGCACGAACAAGGGCCUUUGUCUUUUUCAGAGCUGCAAGUCUUGGUAGAUCAAGGUAUCGUCCAGAAGAAUAGCAGUGUUUUCAGAAAAAUUGAUAGAGUUUGGGUUCCAAUUACCUCUGCUGCGGAAGCUUCUGAUGCUGCUGUCAAGAUCCAACAAGAGACUAAUCGAACAUCUAGUGAUAGUUCUGGAGCUUCUCUUGUGGAACCAACAUGUGCUGCACUUGAUGGAAAAAGCAUCAUCUCCAGUUCAUUCCACAGCUCACAUCCGCAGUUCAUUGGUUUUACUCGGGGGAGGCUCCAUGAACUGGUCAUGAAAUCAUACAAGAGUCGAGAGUUUGCUGCAGCUAUAAACGAGGUCUUAGAUCCAUGGAUCAACAGAAAACAGCCAAAGAAGGAAAUGGAAAAAUACAUACAUUAUUCAGGCAAAAGAGCCAGAUUGCUGGUUGAUGGAAGUGAGGAAGAUUACGAAUUGGAAGAACUACCAGCUGUUCAGGGGGAAUGCUCAUUUGAGGAUAUAUGCAGUGAUGCUAUUUUUCACCGAGAAGACAAUGCAGGUUCUGAGAAUGAGUCUGGGACCUGGGGUUUCCUGGAUGGUCAUGUGCUGGCACGAGUCUUUAAUUUCCUUCGAAGUGAUGUGAAAUCCCUUUUUUUUGCUGCUUCAACUUGUAAGCACUGGAGAGCAGUGUUUGACUUUUACAAGGAUAUCUCCAGACAGGUUGACUUGUCGUCUGUUGGCCAUAGUUGCACCGACUCACUAAUAUGGAAAAUCAUGGAUGGUUAUAAGAAAGAAAAGAUAACAUCAUUGGUUCUAGUUGGUUGCACAAACAUCUCUUCUAAUGCGCUGGAUGAAAUUAUUCGGUCAUUCCCUUCUCUAUCUUGUAUAGAUAUCAGAGGGUGCAGCCAGUUUGGUGAUUUGGCAGAUAAAUUUCCAAAUAUUAGUUGGGUGCCGAGUCGUGGUACACAUUCGAAAAUUAGAACUCUUAAACACAUAAGCGAGAGAACUUCCUCAGGUUUCAAAAGUCAUGGUGGGCUGGAUACUCACAUGGAUGAUUCCAGUGGACUGAGAGAUUAUUUUGAAAGUCUGGAUAGGAGGGACUCUGCAAAUCAGUUGUUUCGCAGAAGCUUGUACAAACGCUCAAAACUAUUUGAUGCUAGAAGGUCAUCUUCUAUCUUAUCUAGGGAUGCUCAUUUGAGGCGUUGGGCCAUCAAAAAGUCGGAAAAUAGCUAUAGGAGGAUGGGUGAAUUUCUUGCUUUGGGUCUGAAAGACAUAAUGAAGGAGAAUGCCUUUGACUUUUUUGUGCCUAAGGUUGCUGAAAUUGAGGGUAGAAUGAAGAAUGGUUACUACGCCAGCCAUGGCUUGAGCUCCGUGAAAGAGGAUAUCCGUAGAAUGUGCAGGGAAGCAAUCAAAGCAAAAAAUCGUGGUGAGACUGGAGACAUGAAUCACAUUGUCACAUUAUUUAUCGAACUUGCCACGCGUUUGGAAGAUAGUUCUAAGCCUUCUCGAGAAAGAGAUGAGUUGAUGAAGAACUGGAAACAUGAUUCACCUGCAGCGGCUACCUCGAAGUAUAAGAAGAAACUCAACAAAGUGACAGAAAGGAAAUUUCGGAGUAAUGGCAGCACUUCCCUCAUUAAUGGAGGUUCUGAUUAUGGAGAGUGUGCAUCUGAUCGAGAAAUCCGAAAGCGAUUAUCGAGGUUGAAUAAGAAAUCUAUGGAUUCUGGUAGUGAGACAUCUGACGAACUUGACAGGUCUUCUGAAGAAACUGAGACUGAUAGUGAGAGUAGUGUCUCAGACUCAGAAAGUGACCCUGAUUUCCCUUCAGAGAAGGUAGUUGGGGAGUCGAGGACAGAUGGGCACUUCGUUUCAGAUGAUGGGUUGGACUCUCUGACUGAUGAACGUGAAUGGGGUGCUCGGAUGACCAAAGCAAGCCUUGUUCCUCCUGUUACUAGGAAAUAUAAAGUGAUUGACGAAUAUGUUGUUGUAGCAGAUGAGGAGGAAGUGAGGAGAAAGAUGCGGGUUUCCUUACCAGAUGACUAUGCUGAGAAGCUUAGUGCUCAAAGAAAUGGAACUGAGGAGUCUGAUAUGGAGAUCCCUGAAGUGAAGGACUAUAAACCUAGAAAACAGCUUGGAUUUGAGGUGCUUGAACAAGAAGUUUAUGGCAUAGAUCCUUACACGCAUAAUCUUCUGCUUGAUUCUAUACCAGAGGGAUCAGAUUGGAGUCUUCAGGAUAAACAUGUGUUCAUUGAAGAUGUUAUCCUCCGAUCUCUGAAUAAGCAAGCCCGCCAUUUCACAGGCAUGGGAAACACUCCUAUGAAGUAUCCUCUGCGGCCUGUUAUUGAGGAGAUCCUGAAAACUGCCGAAGAAGAUCAUGAUAUGCGUAUUAAACGAGUUUGUGAGUGUAUCCAGAAGGCCAUUGAUUGCCGUCCUGAGGACAAUUAUGUUGCUUAUAGAAAGGGGCUUGGUGUUGUGUGCAAUAAAGAAGGUGGGUUUGGCGAAGAUGAUUUUGUUGUGGAGUUUUUGGGCGAGGUUUAUCCUGCUUGGAAAUGGUUUGAGAAGCAAGAUGGGAUUCGCUCUUUGCAAAAAAAUAGUAAAGAUCCUGCUCCAGAGUUCUACAACAUUUAUCUUGAGAGGCCAAAGGGUGAUGCUGAUGGGUAUGAUUUAGUUGUUGUUGAUGCCAUGCACAAAGCAAACUACGCAAGUCGGAUUUGUCACUCAUGUCGUCCUAAUUGUGAGGCAAAAGUUACUGCUGUCGACGGUCAGUAUCAGAUUGGAAUUUAUGCCGUACGUCCAAUUGAAUAUGGUGAAGAAAUCACUUUUGAUUAUAAUUCCGUUACAGAGAGUAAAGAAGAAUAUGAAGCGUCAGUUUGCUUGUGUGGGAGCCAGGUAUGCCGUGGGAGCUACUUGAAUCUGACUGGUGAAGGGGCGUUUCAGAAGGUCCUGAAGGAGUGGCAUGGGAUACUGGAUCGACAUCACUUGUUGCUAGAUGCUUGUGAAGUGAAUUUUGUAUCCGAAGAUGAUUAUAUUGAUUUGGGUAGGGCCGGUUUGGGAAGUUGUUUACUUGGGGGAUUGCCUGAUUGGCUGAUCGCUUACUCAGCUCGUGUGGUGAGGUUUAUUAAUUUUGAACGGACGAAGCUUCCUGAGGAGAUUCUGAGGCAUAAUUUGGAAGAAAAAAGAAAGUACUUUGCAGAUAUUUCCAUUGAAGUUGAGAAAAGUGAUGCGGAGGUCCAGGCUGAAGGAGUGUACAACCAAAGGCUUCAGAAUUUGGCUCUUACCCUUGACAAGGUCAGGUAUGUCAUGAGAUGCGUUUUCGGUGACCCCAAGAAAGCUCCACCUCCUCUUGAGAGGUUGAGUCCUGAAGCAGCAAUUUCCUUUCUCUGGAAAGGAAAGGGAUCUCUUGUAGAUGAACUCAUUCGGUGCAUGGCUCCCCAUAUGGAUGAUGGCAUGCUAAAUGACCUCAGGUCCAAGAUUCGCUCUCAUGAUCCAUCAUCUGCUUCUGACGACAUCCAGAAGGAGCUUCGGAAAUCUUUGUUAUGGUUGAGGGAUGAGGUUCGAAAUCUUCCAUGUACAUACAAGUGUAGGCAUGAUGCUGCUGCUGAUUUGAUUCACAUUUAUGCUCAUACAAAGUGUUUUUUUAGAGUGCGGGAGUACAAGGCUUUAACUUCCCCACCUGUUUACAUUAGUCCUCUUGACCUGGGCCCCAAGUACACUGAUAAGUUGGGGUCAGGAUUCCAAGAAUAUCACAAGUCAUAUGGUGAAAAUUAUUGUUUAGGGCAGCUGAUUUAUUGGCAUAAUCAGACGAAUGCUGAGCCAGAUUGUAGCCUAGCCAGAGUGAGUAGGGGUUGCCUGUCAUUACCCGUCAUUGGCUCUUUUUAUGCCAAGGUCCAGAAGCCAUCUCAACAUCGCGUUUAUGGCCCAAGGACUGUGAAAUACAUGUUGGCAAGGAUGGAAAAGCAGCCCCAGAGACCAUGGCCCAAGGACCGGAUAUGGUCGUUUGAGAAUUCGCCGAAGAUUUUUGGCAGUCCAAUGUUAGAUGCUGUUUUGCAUAAAUCUCCACUGGACAAGGACGUGUUGCACUGGUUGAAGCAGAGACCUCCCAUUUUCCAGGCCAUGUGGGAUCGGUGAAUAUACUGCCCCGCAUUUUGUGAAAAGCAGGUUAUUUAUCAAUCCCAUUAUCUGGAGUGAUUCUGCAAUUUUUCGUACACCUGCCCCCUCCUAUGCGGGAGAUGGUAAUCAUUCUGGAAGCAACAUACCCAGUGCUGCUUUUUCUCCAUUCUUGUGUACAGUUUUUCCUUUUGUUUUUUUAGGGUUCAUUUUUGUAAUUUGCAAUUCAUAAUUGGUGGUAGUGCAGUGUUUUUUUUUUUUUUGUUCAUGUCCCCCCAAAUUUAUGGGGAAAAGGUAGAAGGUAGUAACAGUUUCAAGGCAGCUGAUCAGUGAUCAUGUUUCAUCAUUCUUAUCGUCUAAUGGCAUCCGACUUUCCUCGUUUAAUGACGUAAUUUGAAAGUCGGCACUUUGUCCGCACUCACGGUUAUAGCCUUCCAGUAGAGUAGUCUUGUUUAUUAACAACAUUUGCACAGAAUGUAAAGUUUUGGUGAUGAAAUGAAACUUUACUAUUGGUGAUGAAA